UGAUACAAGAAUUUCUGAGACCUAGUGCAUUACCUUAUGGUAAAAAACUUCACUCAAAACCCACUUGUAUCCCAUCUGAUACAUGUUUUCUACCCCCUGGUGGAUAGCUUUAUCACUACAACAAUUAUAACACAGUGCAUGGGACAAUCCAAGAUGGCCGCCUUCAGGUAGUUCCCAACUCACUGGAUCAAGAUGGCUAAACGGUACAGUGUUGAAGAUGUCCUACGCUUCCUUGAUGGCAAUUCAAGCGACAUAGAGGAGUUGAUGUCUGCAGACGAUGAAGUGUUGGAUAAAGAUUGGACUCCUAAUGCAGACUAUGAUGAAGAAAACUCUAGUACUGAUAGAAGCAAUGAGGAUGAUAAAACUCUAGAUGGUGGGCUUGAAGAGGAAGAAGAAGGUCUUACAAUGUCACAGGCAACAAAACAGUGUGAUAGAAGCAAAGUGAAAAGAAAAAAGAAGAGAAAGGCACGUACAGAUGCUGACGUUGAAAGCAGUGAUGACCAGAUUAGCACAGAAGAAGGAGGUCCAACAGUAACACAGGCCAAAAGAACAAAUAAAUCUGCAAAGAAUAAAGUGAAAACAAAGGAGUACAGGUGGAGAAAGGAACAAUUUGACCCUCCAGAUGUUCCAUUUAUUGAGAGUGCUGAUGAAGGCAUCGAAGAAAGGAGUGAGUUUACACCUUACAUGUAUUUCAAACAGUUUGUCACUGAUGACAUGAUACAGCUGGUUGCAGAUCAAACAAACCUUUUCAGUGUGCAGAAGGAAGGGAAAUCAGUCAACACAAAUGUCAAAGAAAUUGAGCAGGUUCUUGGCAUGUACAUGUUCAUGGGUUUGGUUCAGAUGCCCAAUGUAAGAGCCCAUUGGGAAAUGGAAACAAAGUACCCCAAAGUGGCCGAUGUGAUGUCACGUGAUCGAUUUGAAAAAUUACUGACACUGCUGCACUUUCAAGACAACCUCAGUGUGUCUGAAGAUGCAAAGAAGGAUAAAUUGUGGAAACUGAAGCCAUGGCUCAAAAAGCUACGAGAACAAUGCCUUCGUAUCCCUCCUGAAGAGCAUCAUGCAGUUGAUGAGAUAAUGAUUCCAUUUAAGGGAAAGUCUCAUCUGAAAGUCUACAUGCCAGCAAAACCCCACAAAUGGGGAUUCAAAAUGUGGGGACGUGCAGGACAGAGUGGUUUCCUGUAUGACUUUGAUGUUUGUCAAGGGGCAACAGAUCCAAACAAGGAAAGGUCUGAUGUUGGUGUGAGUGGAGAUGUUGUUCUCAAAUUGACAUCAACCCUUCCUGCAGGGAAGAACCACAAAGUAUUCGCAGACAAUUAUUUUACAUCACUUCCACUGUUAGAACAUCUGCGACAGAGAGGGAUAUACUACAUUGGCACCAUCAGGAUGAACAGGGUACCCAACUGCAGCAUGAAGGAUAAAAAAGACCUGAGGAAACAGGGAAGAGGGUCCAUGGAUUACAGAGUUAACCAAAACAAUGUGAUCGUUGUAAGGUGGUGUGACAACAAACCUGUCAACCUGGUGUCCUCUUUUGUUGGCAUCACUCCCCAAGACCAUGUGAAACGCUGGGAUCGGAAGACCAAACAAUAUGUCAUGGUUCCCAGACCAUCUAUCGUGGAAACCUAUAAUAGAUUCAUGGGGGGUGUGGAUCUUUUGGACAUGCUGUCUGCUCUGUACAAAUACAGCUUCAAAACCAGAAGAUGGUACUUGUAUAUCUGGUGGCAUAGUGUCACAAUUGCACUCAUCAAUGCUUGGUCCCUGUACCGACAAGACCUGAAGGCACUGCACCUAGAGAAAAACACCAUGCCCCUGAGAAGAUUUCAGGCAUCAGUUGGCUUUUCCCUCAUAAGCGCAAGAAAAGCAAAAGUCAGGGUUGGCAGACCACUUUCUUCUCCACCAGUAUGCCCUCCACCGCACUCCCCACCAGCACAAUCACCAACACCACCAUCACAGAGGAGGUGGCGAUCAACCAGUGUGCCACCGGAUGUGAGAAGGGAUAUGGUCGACCACUUCCCAUCCUGGGAAAAGCGACAAAGGUGCAAGCACUGCACAGGACACUUUUCCCAUGUGCGCUGUGGAAAAUGCAAUGUCCAUCUCUGCCUGAACAAGGACAGGAACUGUUUCCAUGAUUACCACAUGGCAUAAUAAAAGAAAAAGUCACCGAAAACAGAAGCAGUUUGAAAAUAUAAGAGGCCAAUGUUCUUUACAGCCUUAGGUGCUGUUUUCAUGCUUACCACUGUUCAUAAUAAAAGAGAAAAGAAGAAAGGGGCCUAAAGAGACUGAUGUUUUUGCUGUACCGCCAGAACUGCAUGUAAUGCCCAAUGUAUCAUUUAUGAUACAAAUGAAAAAACCUAUUUGCAAAUAAUUUUUUGUCAUUUUUAUUUCAGAUUCUUUGAAAGAGUCAAAUAAAGG